GGCGCCAAACAGGCUAGGACCGCCACUGCCCCUCCUCCUCGUGUGACCUAUUCGGACACUAUAAAAGUAAUCACCCAGGAUUUCUUCUGUCGGACUUUCUUGCGCGUUUUCGCUUUGGCUGUGCAGACGUCUCUCUGAAAUCCUCGCAACUUUCUCCGCUUCCCCUCCAGGAUUUUUCUACUUUGAAGGGUGAACAUGAUUAACUAUGAAGUGACCGUGUUCACUGGCAAUCUGGCCUUGGCCUCCACUUUCAAUAGUGUCUACAUUACACUGGUCGGGACAGAUGGAGAGAGCAAACGCAUUGAUCUCACAAGCUGGAAACCAUCUUUCUUGAAAGGGCAAGUAUCUCAUUUUAUUGUGUCCUGCCCAAAAUUCCUUGGAAAGCUGGUGAUGAUAAAGUUAGACAAACAGAAAAGGAUUCUCAAAGACUCUUGGUAUCCUGCCAAGGUGGAAGUGAAAUCCCCUAAAAACAAAACCUACCACUUCCCCAUCUACCACUGGAUUACUGACAGUGAGGUCUAUUGCUUCAGAGAGGGGACAGCUCUCAGAAUCUUUGAUGACAGCAACAGUCAUGUUGGUGGGCACAGUCGGCAGCAGGAACUUAAGCAGCGACAGAAAGUCUUUCGCUGGGAUGUAUAUGCACAGGGGAUACCCCAGUGCAUUAAGGCAGACAGCAUUCAGUCUCUGCCCUAUGAUGUCCAGUUUUCCUUCACCAAGACAGCAGAGAUGAAAUACACUGCAGUCACAGGACUGGUAGAGUUGGAACUGAUUGAAAUGGCUGAGUUAAAGAAAAAGUGGACUCACAUAGAUGAUAUUAGUCAUCUUUUAUGCGCUCAUCGAACUCAAGUAACAGACUUUGUUCAUAAACAUUGGAAGGAAGACUCUUUAUUUGGCUACCAGUUUCUCAAUGGUGUCAACCCCAUGUUGAUCCGAUGCUGUAAAGCACUCCCAAAAAACUUUCCUGUCACCGGUGACAUGGUCUCUCUCCAUGGUGGGGGAAGUCUGGCAGAUGAAAUGAUGAAGGGCAACAUCUUCCUGUGUGACUACAAGCUUUUGGAUGGAGUGCAACCAAACACCAUCAGCAGAAAGAAGCAGUAUCUGAUGGCUCCUCUUAUUCUGCUUCAGAAAACCUCUGAUAAUAAGCUGAUGCCAAUUGCUAUUCAGCUAAAGCAGAAACCAGCAAAGGACAACCCAAUCUUCCUUCCUACUGAUUCUGAGUAUGACUGGUUGUUGGCCAAAAUCUUUGUGAGAAGUGCAAAUUUCAACUUCUAUGAAGUCAGUGUUCACCUGCUACGCACACACCUGCUGGCUGAGGUUUUUACAGUCUCACUGCUGCGUAACCUGCCCAUGGUGCAUCCACUGUACAAGCUUCUGAUGCCUCACACUCGCUACACACUUCAGAUCAACGUCUUAGCUCGGCAACUUCUAAUAUCUCAGACGGGAGUUUUGACUCGGUUUGCAGCUUCUGGUGGAAAGGGUGUAAUCACAAUCCUGCAGAAAUCGUUAUCCUCCCUGACCUACAGCUCCCUCUGUAUCCCAGAUGAUAUUGCAGAACGUGGGCUGAAAGAUGUACCAAACUUCUACUACAGGGAUGAUGGAUUGAAGCUUUGGGAAAUCAUCUUCAGGUUUGUGAAAGAAAUUCUCACCUCCUACUACAAGACUGAUGCUGAAGUCCAGAAAGACUCUGAACUGCAGAACUGGAUUCAUGACAUUUAUGAACAUGGAUUCCUUUCACAAGCAAGCACAGGAAUUCCACAGAAAUUCACCACUGUGGAUGAGAUGAUCAAGUUUGUCACCAUGGUGAUCUUCACUUGCUCUGCCCAGCACUCAGCUGUCAACUCUGGGCAGUACGACUUUGGUGCCUGGAUGCCCAAUAGUCCUGUCACGUUGCAGCUUCCCCCACCAACUAAAAAGGGGAAAGCAAGUGAAAAAAGCAUGCUAGAUACAUUCCCCGAUAUUCAAACAACAGUUCAUGGCAUGGCCGUCAUGUGGCUACUCAGCAAGCAGUCCUCUGACUCUAUCUUUCUUGGCCAGUACCCAGAGGAGCAUUUCAGUGAGGAGGUUCCCUGCCAAAAAAUAAAGGAUUUCCAAGUAGAGCUCAAAAGGCUGAGUGCAGAGAUCAAAGCCAGAAACUCAGGGUUGGACCUGCCAUACACAUACUUGGACCCUGAGGUGAUUGAAAACAGUGUGUCAAUUUGAAUAUUAGAAGGCAGCUUCUCUUCCUUUAGUUCAGUAACAAAAACAGAAAAGAAAGUAAAGUUUGAGGUCUGCCCGUAAUGCAUUCUAUUGAUUUAACUUUAGUUUACCAGCAAUUUCUAAAAUAUUCUUCUGAGUUUCAGUUAAUACAAUGGCCAGGUUUUAUGUUUCAGGUUUUAUGUUUUGUAAUUAGAAAAUAUAUCAGUGGAAAGAGUGUUUCUGAUUUAGAAGUAUUUCUAUUUUUUUAAUCAUAAUUUUAAAGCUGUUUCUCUCUUGAAUAAUGAAAAGGUAAAUACAUAGAUAGAAAGCUGCUAGGGUGAGAAGGGCUUGAAGAAAUAAGUUCUCCUUUGCACUUCUCUGGUUUUUGAUUCUCAAUUUUGUUUCAAUACAAGCUUUAUAUAAUCAAUAUUUUUGUCUUAUUGCAGUGUAUUGCAUGAAUCCAUAAAAAGUGUAACUACUUUGAAAUAGGAAAAUUAAUAGCUAUAUCAUUUUAAAAGAGACAUGAAUGCAUAAUUUUAUGAUGUUUCAUUUAAAUUCUUAGAAAUUUCUGCCUGUGAAUACAUGAUUUAAAGGGUGAAGAAGGAGCUUACUGUGUUAUUUUUCUGUGUGAACUAUACUUAGGCCCUGUUUAUAUCAACUGGUUUUUAAGCUUGCCUGACAUAAAUGAUGAUAGUUUGAUCUCUUUCUGAACUGUUUUCCGUAUGUAAAAGAUGGAAUAUAAACACUGACCCAGUCAAAAUCCUUGUUUUAUUGCAGAUUCAUGGCUUUUGUCAUGUUUAGAUGAAGGCGUGGAGUGCUAAGAUAUUAGUAAAUACUAGCAGUAAGGACGAAAUUAAUAAGAAUUUAGCGAUUCUGAUUCCAUCAUUUAUCGAUUGGAUUCCUUAUUGAUUCUAACUGACUCCACUUUGAGACUCACCACCACCACUAAGCAGAAUAUCAAAGAAAUACUUACAUUCAUGCAAAUUAAUUACAUUCUGUGUGGUCGAAUGUUUGUGCAUGUUGGAGGUAUUUCCCUCUUUGUUGUGAUCAGUGUUGGGUCAUUACUCAGUGAAGUAAAGUAAAAAAGUUCUUACACAAAACACUUUUCUUAAAAGUAAUGCACUUAAUUACACCCAGGAGAAAGACAUUCAUUAUACUACCUGUUACGUUACUUUCAUAUUGCUAAAAAAUAAAAACCUGAACCACACUGUCUCAUAAUUACUAUUUGACAAUAUAAACCUGAGGCUCCAGCCCCACACACCAACACAAAUCCCUAUAAUAACGGGCGUAGGUCACAAUCCAGGGUUUCGGGUGAGCUCAUUGUGAAACCUGGCCCC